GAGUCCCGAGGCGCUCUCUAAACUAAACACUCGCGUACGGCGUACCGCAGCUCUAUAGCACACAUACACAUAUGGAGAAGAAGUGUGCGUGGCGCGUGCACAUCAGUCGCUGUUUAUCGAGUAGCUGAUUUUCACGCACGCCCAUACGCAGUCAGUCCUACGCGCGAGACUCCGCUCCGACGAUGGAAAGCCGCGUAUGUGCGUAGGUCUGCGGGAGUAGUAGAUCCGUAGGUAAAUAAGGAUCAGAUUGGAAGCGAGUGUGUGUUGUUGGGAAACGAGAUAAAUGGAAGGUGGAGUUUAAAGCGGAAGGAAGAGCUUUGAAGAAGCUGUUGCGCUUACCUGACGACGCGCAGCGUGUAUAGAAAAGAGAAGACAGUCGCGGAUCAAAAUCUCGGCGUGUGUUUACAUGUUGUACCUAUAUCUAUCUACGAACUGCAAUCUAACCAAAGCAUUGGUGUUCCUCCGCUGACAUUUGAUUUAUUAUCGCAUUCUCAUGCAUACCUAUACCAUCGGCGCCUAAAGGGACACACACUGUAAUCUCCGUUGGCGGCACACGACCUGCAUACGCGCGUAUUUACGCACAGUACACGCGCGGAGUAUGACCAUCGGGACAACUGGGCCGCACGCACUUCCUCUUUAACUAGUUUACUCGCAGCGCUCCGGCCUUAUAAGCGACCGAAAAGUCAAGAAGAUGCCAUGGCUGCCUCGGCGACGCGCAACGCCGAGGAGGAAGCGGCUAACGUGGAGUCGGAGUCCGAGGGAAGCAGCAUCUACCAGUGCAGCUCUGUAAUAUCUACCGUACCGGACAGGCAUGGGUUUCUUGGUGGCACGCAGUACAGUCCUGAAAGAAAACAAGCGAUACCCCCAGAAGUAAUUCUCAGGAGAGAAAGAAAAUGGAUUCGAAUGCUGAACAAAUGGAGCACAUUUAUGAGCACAAACUACAGAAAAGUCAGAGAGCGUUGCAGAAAGGGCAUUCCUCCGUCAGUUCGACCUAGAGCAUGGUUGAACCUCUGUGGCGGAGCACUGCUGCUGAAGGAGAAUCCAAAUUUGUAUCAAGAGUUAAUAAAACGUCCAGGGGAUCCAAAGUACAUUGAUGAUAUUAAGAAGGACCUUCACCGUCAAUUUCCACAUCAUGAAAUGUUUGUGGAGAACGCUCCUGGACAGCAGGAGCUGUUUCAAAUACUGAAGGCUUACUCAAUAUUAAAUAGCAAAGUUGGCUAUUGUCAAGCACAAGCACCCAUAGCCGCGUUUUUACUGAUGCAUAUGCCAGCUGUUCAAGCAUUUUGGUGUCUCGUGGCUAUUUGUGACAAGUACCUUGUUGGAUAUUACAGCCACGGAAUGGAAACUUUACAACGAGAUGGUGACAUUUUGUUUGCUCUGCUUAAAAAGGUUUCACCUGUAACUUACAAACACUUGAAAAAGCAAAAGAUGGAGCCAAUACUUUACAUGACUGAGUGGUUUUUAUGUGUCUACACACGAACACUUCCCUGGGAAAGCAUUCUCAGAAUUUGGGAUAUGUUCUUAUGUGAAGGAGUGAAAAUCAUUUUUAAAGUUGCUCUUGUCUUACUGAAAGGAAGCUUGGGCAGAUCUUGGCAAACGAAAAAAUGUCCCACUAUGUAUGAAACGUUACAAGUUUUAAAAAACCCUCCUCAGCAGAUAAUGGAAGAAGACUACCUUGUAUAUCAUAUACAAAAAUUGAAUUUAAGUGAGGAAGAUUUUGAAUACGAACAUCAACGACAAAUUAUUAAGCGCAGAGCAAAGGACCAAUCUCAACAUCAAGGUGGUAAUAAUUGGACUAGUUUGUAAAAACGCACAUUGGUUUUGUUAAAUCGCAACAAACGUGUAUGAGUCGGCGUGCCUUUUCCUCAUUCCCACAAGUCAUAUCAUGAGAUAAAAUGCAAUUGACGUUGACGUUGAAAAUUUCCAAAAAGGGUCGUGCAAUUUUUCCACGAGCUAAAAACUAAUUAAUUUUCCAUAUUCGAGAAUUCCAUAUUUUUUACAAAAUAUAUAGUUAAAGCAUUUCUUUAAAUAAGUUAGAUUGGAAAAGACCUUUUCUCUGUCACCUUGGUCAAGGUGAGCGCUGAGAGAAAAAAUGUAAUUAUUAGAAGAAUGUUGCCAUUAUUCUAAAAAAUGGUGAGAGUGUGACUUACUAACAUAAACAUAAUGAUAAUCAAGUUUCAAGUAUGAUUGUUAUACCGUCUUUUUCCGUCGAUAUUUAUGUAUAUGUACAAAAUAGCUCUUGUAUGAUGUAUUUUUAAAAAAUAUAUAAAUAAUAUGAUAUUGUUAUAUAUAAAAAUAAACAUUGUCAAUAAAAUUGGUACAUACAUUGCUUCCAAAAUAA